GUUGCAGAUUGGAGUCGCCCUAGCAAUGUGGUAGUUCAAGUGGGUCAGGUGCAGGCUCAUCUUCGUUUUAGUGCAUCACAUCACGUAGUUGCUAGCUCUGUUGAAGCCGGCAAGGAGUCUUCCUCUCGUCGCACUUAUAUUAGAAAGCGCGCGACUGUAACUAGCAGCUUCGCGAAUAUUCGAAGCCCAUCCUGGCUCGCGGUCGGCGCGGCUCGUCGCUAGUCGCGGCACCCUUCGUUCUUCGCGGCUUCAGCAGGAAAAGCAUCCGUGAACCAACUCCUUGAGGUAGCGCCGAGUAACACCGAACAGCACCGAAUAGCACCGAAUAGCACCGAAUUGCUCCGAGCGGCACCGAGCGGCACCGAGCGGCAAUGGACCCGAGCAAGCGGUACCCGCCGCGAGGCGGCGCGAGCGCCAAGUACGAGACGCGGCCCGGCAUCAAGUGGUCCGACAGCCUCUGGGGCUUCCGCGUGAUCGUCGCCGUCAUUAUCGGCCUCGCCGUAGCGGGAUUCGCUUUCGUCCUGCCAGGCUUGGGGAGCCCGACCCUGCAGGCGGUGCUGUACGCGGUAGUGAGUGCCGCGGUGUUCCUGGCGCUGCUCUUCCUCUUCCUCGUGCAACACAUCGACCCAGGGAUCAUCCCUCCGUCCGACAUCAAAGACCCUGAGGUGGUGGCAGCGGAGAGGGGCCAGAUAUCACCGGAUCUGGUCAUUGACUCACACGGCCAGUGGGCGCGGCGCCGCCUGCUGCUGGACGGGCGGUCGGAGAUCACCCAGCGGUACUGCAGCACGUGCAACAUAUGGAGACAGCCCAGGACGAGUCACUGCUCCAGAUGCGGCUUCUGCAUGGAGCGUUUCGACCACCACUGCGGGGCCGUGGGCACGUGCGUUGCGAGGAAGAACCACCGCUUCUUCACUGGCUUUCUGUUCUCCGCCUCCUUGGCAUCGGGACUUCUCCUAUAUGCCACCAUACUGCGACUGAAGCAGGAGGACUGGGAUAAGGGCCUAAGCGAGCAGGAGGUGUAUGUGUUCUUCCUCAUGCUGCUGGCCCUCGCCUACUUCUACACCUCGCUGCUCUUCUUCUUCGCUGUCAUGCACGGCACUAUCCUGCUCUGUGACUGCACCACCAAGCAGUACAUCCGAUCCAGGCAGGGCCGAGGCUCAGAGUGGCAGCGCCCGAGCCUGCACGCCUGGCUCGACAACAUGAACAGUAUCUGCUGUGCGGAAGUGCGCAGUAAACACAUUGCUGCAGUGAACGCCGUUGUAGAGGGCACGGCUCGGGCGCAGGGGCUUGCACCUGUGUAGGCUCUACAGCAUUUGCGGUGCAGAGGUGUGCACAGGUAUGGAAGUGCACAGUACAGUACGCAUAUUGCCGCAGCGAACCCCGUUGUCGAGGGCACGGCUCGAGCCCAGUGGCUUGCGCUGUCAAACAUGUGUAUUUGUCAUGUUUGUAUAGACUGUAUAGAGUCACCUCUUAGAGGAUACAAAACUUAGAUAUAUUUGUGUGUACUCUCACUUUACGAUUAUUCAAUUAUUCUGAUAUGGUAUCACGCUCUAGGGGGUGUGUCAAACAUGUGUAUUUGUCAUGUUUGUAUAGACUGUAUAGAGUCACCUCUUAGAGGAUACAAAACUUAGAUAUAUUUGUGUGUACUCUCACUUUACGAUUAUUCAAUU